GCGGAUUCCUCCAUCCACGACAUACUCCUUCCAGUCGAUAAAUCUCUCUCGUUCGGCCCCCUAAUUUUUGACUAAAACUAAGAUCAGAUGGCGAAAUUGUUCUGGUUGGAGGCUGUUCUUCCUCUUGGAAUCAUCGCCGGAAUGCUUUGCGUGAUGGGCAACGCCCAGUAUUACAUCCACAAAGUAGCUCAUGGAAGACUGAAGCAUAUUGGGAACGACAUGUGGGAUAUGGCUAUGGAUAGAAGGGACAGGAAGAUCAUGGAGCACUACUCCGCUGCCGGGAAUUAGGUCGGCUCCUGCCAAUAGGUUAUGGCAUACUGAUGGAACAGUUAUCUUUGCUGGAAAUAAUGUUCCUUGAUACUUAGGGACAACAUGCUUUCAGGUUUCCUAGACCAUAUGUCUUUUUCAUGUCCUUGCCUUUUAUGCACUUCAUGACCCUCUCAAAUAUGAGAUGCAAAAUCUGUCCACCUUUGUUUUAAUGUUUGAGAUGUUAGUUACUGAAGAGAAGAGAAAGAAUUGGUUUAUGGCUGCAAUGAAUGGACUUAAUUUAUUUUAUUUCUGAUUUCUAAA